UAGGUAGGGUUUUGGCAGCAAGAGAGGGAACCGGAGCGCGACGAACAUUUUGCAGCGAUUCCACCACAAGCAGCAGCAGCCAUGGCGAGCACCAAAGUUCAACGUAUUAUGACCCAGCCAAUUAACCUGAUUUUCAGGUAUCUUCAGAGCAAGGCGCGAAUUCAGAUUUGGUUGUUUGAGCAGAAGGAUCUGAGGAUCGAAGGCCGAAUUAUCGGGUUCGACGAGUACAUGAAUUUGGUGCUGGAUGAAGCUGAGGAGGUCAACAUCAAGAAGAACAGCAGGAAGCAGCUCGGGAGGAUUUUGUUGAAAGGGGAUAACAUCACGCUCAUGAUGAAUACUGGCAAGUGAUGCUCAAUCUCCAGGUUAAAAGACUAAUGAAGGGGCUGGGUUCUUGUAGUUCUUUCAGAAUGACUUCGUCUGGAUUUGUCCCGUUAGGGUGUCUGUUUACUUAUCCUGGAUUUCACCCCACCUCGUGCAUUAUUUCUCUCGCUAUCCUACUGUAUGCUACUGUGUUUCUGUACCGAGAUUUACUAGUAUUUGAAGUUGGAUAUCCUGUAAAGAAUAGAAUUUGCUUGAAUCUGGCAUUGAAGAAUCGGAAGUAUUCAUUCACAUAUUGGACCCUUGUCCAGUCUAA